UCCUACAUCCUCUCCUGUUAUUUCACUAACUGGGGACAGUACCGUCCUGGAGCAGGGAAGUAUUUGCCCACCGACAUCGAGCCAUGUCUCUGUGACCACCUUAUCUAUGCCUUUGCUGGAAUGGACAGCAACAUGAUCAAGACCUAUGAGUGGGAUGAUGAAAAACUCUAUGGACAGUUCCAGGCCCUGAAGAACCAGAACAGCAACCUGAAGACCCUGCUGGCCAUCGGAGGAUGGAACUUCGGCACUCAGAAGUUCAGCACGAUGGUGUCCUCUGCUGCCAACCGCCAGACCUUCAUCAGCAGCGUGAUCACAUUCCUGCGUCAGCACCAGUUUGACGGUCUGGACAUCGACUGGGAGUACCCCGGCUCACGUGGCUCCCCGCCUCAGGACAAGGAGCGCUUCACUGUCCUGGUUCAGGAGCUGAUGAGUGCCUUUGUGGACGAGGGCAAGAGGACCAAUCGUCCUCGUCUGAUGCUGACUGCUGCUGUCGCUGCUGGAAAGGGAACCAUUGAUUCUGGAUACCAGAUCGCCCAGAUUGGAGCUGUGCUGGACUACUUCCAUGUGAUGACCUAUGACUUCCAUGGUUCUUGGGAACACAAUGCUGGAGAGAACAGCCCUCUGUACAAAGGACCUGCCGACCAGGGUUCCCUCGUCUACUUCAAUGUGGACUACGCUAUGAAUUACUGGAAGAGCAAUGGUGCUCCAGCUGAGAAGCUGCUGGUUGGUUUCCCCACCUAUGGCCAUGUCUUCCGCCUGGCUUCCUCGAACACGGCUGUCGGCGCUCCCGCCAGUGGACCUGGACCUGCCGGACCUUUCACACGUCAGGCUGGCUUCUGGGCCUACUAUGAGAUUUGCACCUUCCUUAAGCAAGGAGCCACCCAGGCCUGGGAUGCUGCCCAGGAUGUGCCUUAUGCCUUCAACAGCCAGAACUUGUGGGUUGGAUAUGAUGACAUCAAGAGCUUCAAAAUCAAGAUCCAGUGGCUGAAGCAGAAUGGUUUUGGAGGAGCUAUGGUCUGGAGUCUGGACCUGGAUGACUUCACUGGCACCUUCUGUGGCCAGGGAAAAUACCCCCUGAUCAGCACACUCAAGAGUGGACUGGGAACCGGAGCUUCCUGUAGUGCUCGUGUAAACCCCCUGCCCCCUGUCAGCCCCACCUCGCAUGCCGUGCCCGUGCCCCAGCCCCAGCCUGGUGGUGGCGGCAGCAGCAGUGGAGGCUCUGGUUUCUGUGCUGGCAAGGCCAAUGGUAUAUACCCAGACUCCACCAACAAGAACCACUUCUAUGAUUGCAACCAGGGCAAAACCUACAUCCAGCACUGUGCUGCCGGCCUGAUCUUCGAUGACAGCUGCAAGUGCUGCAACUGGGCAUAACGGCACCACUGGCCCUGUGUCGUAAUGGUUGCUCUUUAGAGCUGGGUCUGAUGCUCUAUACUACGAGACCACGCUGCAAGGGCCCACAUUACAUCAGCUCUAACAGUUCUGCAAAGCAAUUGCGAACUCAAAUAAAUAUGGUAU